CAAGGGUACGUUCCCAGUCGAUCCGACCGAGGAGAGGAGUAUGCCCGUACAGGAGCAGACUCGGAGAAGGAAUGUUGCGCUGGUGGUGCUCUCGAGUGCUCUAGCCAUCAUCGCUCUGGCAGCUGUGGAGCAUGAAAGGGUCAAGGUGGCAGAAACAGGCACUUCGGUGUUGUGUGGGACGCUCUUCUCAUGCCUGGACAACCUUGACACCGGCUCGAGGUAUCAUGCUCUUGAACACAGAAUGGUCAAGUCACGUGCGAGCGCUCUGCUCGCAUCUGAGAAAGGUUGCCAUGGCAAGGGCUGUCUCAUGUCGCAAAGGAACUCCAAGCCUUCCGACAAGAAGUCGGCAGUUGAGACGCUCAACGGGUUCAACAUCUUCGACUUUGGUGGGGAGGCUCAGGACUCUGUGCUGCCUCGCUCGAAGAUCGAAGAGUACCAGCAGCCUGGUGACGUCGAGGGCGACGUGGCCGUGGACGCUUCCGCCACGACUCCCUUCGCCGACCUUGUAGGGCACGACAGAAUUGUUCCCUUCACCGAGCACGGGCGAUUCUUGCAGCCCGGCGACGUCCCUGGCGACGUUCCUGAUCGCCACCACGAGACGGGACCGUUCUCUAUCUUCGGACUGUUCAAGGAUGAGGACGAGAACCUGCUGACAGGAGAGACUGUUGAGCAAGCCUGCUGCCGCUGCAUCCCUGGAGCUCCUGACUACCGCGAGUCGCUUCCUCAGUCCAGCAGCACAGGUGGGAAUGUGUUUGCCAACUGGUUCAGCUACCCCUCCUCCACUGCGCACGAGGAGAGGAAGGGAGGCCAUGGGGAGAAGGUCAAAUCAGAGCGCAAGGGUCCCAAUGAGGAGGCGAAACCUGCUCAGGAGGGAGCGGCGGCGAGCUCAGGAGCUACGCCGUCUCCUGCAACUGACUUCCCUGUUGUCGAAGCGUUCCCCCUUGUGGAAGCUCAACCCGCAGACGUCUCGCCCUCUCCUUCCAACUCCAACUCCACGGCCGCCCGGAGGCUCUUGCAGGCUGUUCAGAGGGCCCACGGUGCCCGGCUCACGAUCCUCAAGGAAGGGUACAUGCUCGUUCAUAUCCCAGUGACGGCGAAGCCCGGAGAGUACUACAAGGCCAUGACGCCGUCGGGGGAGACGUGGGCGUUCAAGGUUCCCGACGUCCUGCCUCCGAACCGGAUCGUCAAGGUUCACAUGCCGGACCUGAGUUCUGCCCCUGCCCACAUGGCUGUGAGGAGCAAGAGGAUGUCGUUGCAGGAAGUCAACUCCUCUUCCAAUGAGACAGAGAUUAUCGUUCCCCCGCUCGGUGGCAACGCCUCAAUGGAGGGCAACGAGACUGCCGAGUCGCCUGCUCCCGAGCAAGGCGCCGAGCCUGGAGCGGCGGAGGAAGAUAGACCGAUGGAGCCUUCCUUCCCUCCUCCGAGCAUGAAAGCGAAGUCCAAUGAGCCGUGCUGCAUGUGCCCCUUAUACGACGAGAAAACGGGAGAGAUUGAAGGCUGGUUGUCAGAUGCCCCGCGGGACGAGCUGAAGGCUGCACGGAAAUACUUGUAUGUGGCCAGGGCCAUCGCUGUAAGGGACGAGGAGGUGAACAAGCAGCUGAAUGGGUCGACGAUUCACUGGGAGGGAAUGUUUCCUUCGCGGAAGUACGCCUGCUGCCGUCUUGAACUACCGUGCUGCUAUGAAGAGAUGGAGGAGGGAGAAAACAGCACGUCAUCUGAGGAAAUUGAGUCCGAGCAAACAGCUGAGGACAAUACGACCGUUACAGACGAGAAUCGAGCGAUGACAGGAGGGAACGAGACAGAUAUGCCUGCUGUAGGUAUGAGCAACGGUACUUCCAACGCCAGUGUCUCCUCGAACGCGAGUUUGUCAGGCGAGUCAUCAGCCCCUGAAAUCGUGAUUGGAGCGGAGAAUGUGACUGGAACAGUGCGCGUUGAAAGAUGGGAGAGGGGAGUGGACCAUGCGAUGUCCUUCCAGCAUCUCUCCCAGGCGCUUCGUCACUUUAUGAAGUCGAAACUUCAUGCAGCCAAGAAGGCAGAGCAGCAGGGGAAGGGGAAGAAGUUGAUGUCUGACCAGGCGCGCAAGAUCGUCAAGAUAGUCAAGCAGCAAGCCGUCAAGUCGCAUCCGCAGUCUCCUCUGCCUGUCGUUGCCAGCAAGAGCAGAGCAGCAGGGGCUUCUCUGCCCGUCCGUCCCGCUGCUCCAACCGCCAAGUCCUCGUCCUCGUCCUCUCCCCAUCCCUCCCGCCUCUCGCCCCUUGCCAAGAUCGUCAGGGCCAAGUUGUCGAAACUCCCUCCUGCUGAGGUGGCUCCAGUAGCUGCUGCUGCUGUUCCCGUCAAAGGGAUUGCAAGACCGGUACAAGCAAUUGCAGCUCCCAUGAAGAAAUGAAUCUGAUCGAACGAGGAGGAGGAGGAGUGAAUGUAUUAAUAAAGGUACGGCCAAGGGG